AUGGAGAGGCCCCAGAAACCUGGCAACAUGACCAGAGUACAAGAGUUCAUCUUGCUGGGGUUGUCCACGAGCUCAGACAUAAGGGAUGUCCUGUUUGCCAUCUUCCUGACUCUCUACCUGGUGACCCUGCUGGAGAACAGCCUGAUCAUCUACCUUGUCUGCAUAGACAGUGAGCUCCACAAGCCCAUGUACUUCUUCCUGGGCAACCUGAGCUGCCUGGAGGUAAGCUAUGUGUCAGUGAUCAUGCCCAGCCUGCUUGCGGGGCUUUGGGGUGGACCUGGCCCCAUGCCCUUCAUAGCCUGCAUGACCCAGCUCUUCUUCUUCAUCUCCCUCAUCUGUACUGAGUGCACCCUCCUGGCUGCUAUGGCCUAUGAUCGCUAUGUGGCCAUCUGCCACCCACUGCAUUACCUGCUGCUCAUGAGGCCCCAGGUCUGCCUGGCUUUGUCCUUGUCCUCAUGGCUGAGCGGGCUGCUGGUCUCAGUGGUCAAGACAUCGUGUAUUGCUAGCCUGUCUUACUGUGGCCCCAAUGUCCUCAACCACUUCUUCUGCGAUGUCUCCCCUCUUCUCAAACUGUCCUGCACCCACGUGGCCCUGACAGAACUGGUGGACUUCAUCUCUGCCAUUGUCAUACUCUGGGGUUCCCUCCUCGUGGCCAUAGCCUCCUAUGCAGCCAUUGGGAGGGCUGUGCUGCGUAUACCCUCAGCUGCCGGUCGCUGCAAAGCCUUCUCCACCUGCGCCUCCCACCUGCUGGUGGUGGGGAUCUUCUACUCAGCCACUCUCUUCAUCUAUGCCCGUCCCAGCCGCUUGGAAGCUGCGGAUCUCAACAAGAUGCUGUCUGUCAUCUACACGGUAGUCACGCCCAUGUGUAAUCCUGUCAUCUACUGUCUGCGGAACAAGGAGGUCCAGGCAGCUCUCCACAGAACUCUGCGCUGGUCCUGA